AUGCUUGUCGAUGGCCGUUGCUUGCGACGAGAUUUACAGAUUUUGCAACGGUAUUGUCUGCCGUGUCGACUUCUCAGUCAAGGCCUUCGACUAAGAAACCAUGCCGUGGAAGCCUCAAAGGAGGGAAAUCGUGAACCCGCUGACGAGCAGAUCCAACAUUGCGAUGUUCAUCAAGUCUCUCCAGUCAUAGAUUCACCACUCACGAAUCAUGAUCUCCUGCUGCAUCAAGGAAAAAUUGACUUUUCCCAUGACCAUCUUCGAUCUCACCGUAUUUUCUUGAAACCUGCAGACUACAGAAGAAAGAAGAAACGAAACUCCACUCCGACAGCCAAUAAACCAUUACUGAAACAACCAAGGAGAACAUUUGAUCCGGAAAUUCUAUCGACUUUAUUAUCCGCCUCUACGUUACAUGAAAAAGUCGACGAUUUUCACCGACACAUUGAAAGUUUUAAACCUUUUGAAUCCACUGUUGGCAGAAAAAGAUAUGAAAAUAUUCAUCAUCAAAUUGACAAGGCUUUUUCCAAAGCCCAGAUCCGAAGCUAUGCUCAGCUUUUCAACGACAAAUCCAGCACCACCAAGCUCAAAACUUCGCAAAGAAAAGCAGAGCUCAUCGAUGACAUUAUCAGCAAAGUGUGGAAUGUCGUUCAGUCGGAAAAGGUUCAAAGCGACGAACUAAUCAUCACCAAAAUGCUCACCUUGACUCCAGCAAUGCAAUUUUUCAUCAUGGAGAACCGUGCGAGAUUCUUCAACGCUUUCAAAUCUUUCAAAUUGCCCAUGAAAGUGAAAGGGUCCAAAUUGUACGUAUCGGGAGUUGACUCGACAGUUUCUGCAUUUGAAAUGAAUUUCUUACGAUUUAAAAAAGACAUCAAGAAGGAGCAAUUGGACUUGACGCAAUUGCAGGGGAAAUUCGACACACACGACUUGAAAGCCGUUGCUUCAACUGCUCAAGUCUUUAUGCCAGAGGUGGUUGAUAAUGAUUUUGUCACGCUUGAGUCCUAUUCUCAAGCGGACUUGGACAUUGCCAAGAGGUUACUCAGCUGGCUGGUGAGCAAAUAUAAUCCUCAUCUACGUACCGAUGUGUGGAACAAAGCGGCACUAAAAAAUGAGACAUUGGUACCUUUUGUCAACAAAGAUAUAUGGUCUUGGAACGAAAAGGAUUUCCAGUAUUAUAGCAUCUUGCGUCAAUGUGGCAAGCCAGGUUGUGCAAACGAAAUGAUCUUUGACAAGUUUGAUUGUAUGAAUGAGCUGGUGUUGCAAUCAAAGAGUUUGGAAAAUUUGACAAAUCAUAGAAACAUGCUUCAUCUUCGUGGCAAACCAGUGUCAGACCCUGGUGACUGGCAAAAAAGUGGCGAAACCGAAGCUGGAGCUGACUCUGCAUAUGAUCAACAACUCAAUAGUUUCAAUUUGGAUGGAAUCUUGGAGAAUCGUCAACGAGCUCCCGGUUUGGAAAGUGCAAGAGAUAACCAUCUCAAUAUUGAAGACUUACGUCACCAAUUGGGCAAGUUUGACCGCGGCGAAUUUGAUGUUGACGAGUUCCCUGAUGUUUCCAAAUUGGUUGAAGACGUUGAAGGCAAAAGUAAUGACCAAGUUGUUGACGAAUUGAGGACGGGAUUGGGCGCGUUUAAUGACGCUGAUGCUCUGAUGUUUGAUGAGUUGUUGAAGGACUUUGAUGAGGAAACCACUGACAAGGGCAAAGACGAUGCUUUUUCUACGUUGACAGGGGAAGACACUACUGACACACUUGAUGAAUCAAACUCAUCAACUGGGAAUGAGUUUCUUGGGGAAAGUAUAAGCCAGGAUGCGGAGCCUCAAGUUGAAGCCGAGGCUAAAGUUCCCUCUCCACUUGCAAAAAAUGAAAUAAGCAAUCUUUACACUCAGUUGUGCGAUUUUUCAUUUGCUCCAGCUACGGGCAAGACUCAAACGGGGGAAUCGUACGUUGCAUUCACUGUUCAAAUUGGCGCUGUGCUACUUCAAAACAAACCUACCCCGUCUAACUCACUGGCAUUUGCUGCCUCACCUGUUUCACCCAAUGAUGAAAGCGAUUAUCAAUUCAUGACAAAUGUGCCAUUCGUAAAAGAUAUCGCCACUUCAUUCCCCGUGUUGUACAACAACGGACAGCCAUUUACCAACAGUAUUCAAAUCAGAUUGCUGCCAUCGAUCCAUCACGGCUCAAUUUCAAACUUGGACUAUCCUCCCGUGGAGAUCCAAGCUGAAUUGGACUCUUCUGGUUGUGUGAGAUUGGAUACGUUGCAAAUCUUGUCCAUUGAAGCAAUGCGGAAUGUAAUCACCCCCUUGGUUAGCUUGCCCUGUGACUUGCAGGUUACACGGAUAAAAGUUUCCGAUUUGUUGACCGGUACCCAAGAAGAGAGAUUCAAGAGCCAACCUGACUUUGAACGUUUUCUUGACGAGUCGCAAUUGAAUUUCGGUGGUGUCAACAAGGUUCAAAUCUCGCCCGUUCUUGAAUUGAACUUUGAUGGAAAGAAGAUUGCGUAUGAUUUCAUACAUCUCACGUACAAGACGGAUUUGAACUUCGAUUUCAAGCAGAGACGGGGAUGCCUAAGUUUGAUUGAAGGUGGUGAAUUUGGAGGCAGGAAGUUUGAAGUGAUUCUCGGUGAGGGCGAGUUGUCUCAAGAGGAGUUUGAGCAGUUCCUUAACGACGCUGUUCAGUUUAUAAAUUAUAUCAACUAG